AUUCAUCGACGUUACCUAGUGCGUCUAAUGGCGCCGUGUUGGCCGUCUAUAUUAGUCCGAUCUGCUCUUCUGCUCGUACGGAAAGGACGAGAAAUGGCUUGCUCCGCUGUACGGUCGCCCGUUCUUCGUAGCCCAGCGGUGAGACAUUAUGCAGCUGCAGCAGCGACUCAAUGCUCCAGCGCAGCAGUGCCUGAGCUUCAGGUACUGUCAAGCAAUAAAGUGACUGUUGCUGCGCUUGAUAAUAACAAUCCUGUCGCUCAAGUGUCGGUUAUCUUCAGAGCGGGAUCGCGCAAUGAGACCUACGAAACGCAAGGUACAGCACAUCAUCUUCGUAUCGCCACUGGUCUAAGUACUUGCAGGUCGACCACUUUCGGAAUAACCAGGAAUAUUCAGCAACUCGGUGGAAACUUAACCGCCACUACCGAUCGCGAAAGUAUUGCUUACACAUUACAAAUUACAAGAAAUAACUUAGACAAAGCCUUAACGUUUUUGGAGGAUGUCGCCACGCAGCAAGUGUUCAAACCAUGGGAAAUAGCCGACGAGCUGCCCAGGCUGCGCUAUGAAUUGUCCACGAUACCCGAGGCAACUCGUAUAAUAGAAUUAUUGCACAAGGCAGCCUAUCGCACUGGGCUGGGCUACUCUCUGUACUCGCCAAAGAGACAACUUGGAAAAAUUAAUACAGAAACUCUGCAACAUUUUGUCAAUACCUGGUUCACCGGCAACAAGUGCGCAGUUGUGGCAACCGGCGUAUCGCUGUCAGAUGUAUCCCAGUUUGCUUCAAACCUGAAAGUAGGCUCAGGAGAUAACACCGUGGCGGCUGCCAAGUAUCACGGUGGGGAACUUCGCAAGGAGCGAUCCUCCGACCUGACCACUGUGGCGGUAGCCGUUGAAGCUGCUGGCUUAGACAAAGAAAAGGACGCUCUCGCUUUUGCCGUGCUGCAGAGAGCGCUUGGCUCUGGUCCACGUGUGAAAUGGGGUAACAGCGUGUCCCCGUUGCAGAGGGACGCGGCAAGCGCGGCGAGCGCCGAUCAAUUCGCUAUCACGGCGUUUAACGCUGCUUACAGCGAUUCCGGGCUUGGUUUCGUUCUCUCCUCGCUGCCCAAUAUCGCCGGUUCCGUGACGAAAGCUGCCGCGGCACAUCUAAGAUCACCGAAGCUUUCCGACGCUGAUAUCACACGCGGUAAAGCCACCUUGAAGGCAGAGAUAUUAUACGCCGCAGAUAACGACGCCGCGCUCCUGGAGAACAUCGGACAGCAGGCGCUCCUUAAAGGACGCUUGUACAAGCCGUCCGAUCUCGUUGCGCAAGUGGACAAAGUAACUGCGUCUGAAGUCAAGUCGGCUGCCGGAAAACUCGGUAGCGGAAAAUUGUCUAUGGCUGCGAUCGGCAAUCUAUCCACUAUUCCGUAUGUCGACGAAUUGAAGUAGACACAAUACUGUAAAUCUGAAUACCAUUAACUGUAAACCCUCGAUUUCUAAAUCCUGUUUAGAGAUGCUCGCGUUUAUCAGUGUAGAAUCUACUACGCGAUAUUAAUAAAAGCAUCGCUGUAGUUCAUGUAUAGAGUCGGAUAUCUGUCUUGGAUAUCUCACUUAUCUAUAAGACGGAAAGAGAUUUAAUAAAAAGAAAAUAAAAUGUUAAA